AAUAGAUGCUUGUCGAGGUCGUUGUGCUGCUGCCGUCGACAUCUCCACAUCGGCAAAACGACUCUCCUCCAAUCGAACACGCCGUACGCUACAAUUUUCACGGCCUCUCAAUCUGACAGAAGGCACUUGAAUUCAUUCACUUGACACGGUCUAAAUUCUGUGGGUCACGAGUAAAGUUUUUUUUUUCUUCUAGAGAGAGGACGCAGAGAUGUCAAAGGAAAUAAAUGAUUCUGAAGGAAAUAAAUGAUUCUGAUUGUUAUAUUUAAGAAGGAAAAAAAGGCAACUAGUAGCAGCAGGCAAGUAGUAUAAAUUAUGGCCACGUUAUUCGUGGCGUAACAGGCUCUCACCUUUAGAACCGUUCCAGACUCUGCGACGACGACGGCGGCGGUGGGAUUGGUGGGAAGGAAGAAAGCUUGCUCCCUGUGUUCCAACGACGACCGAACCGACUGCGUCCAUGGAGCGCAUGCCGCAGGACGCCGGGCAGGAGAGAGUCAUGGCGGCCGCUAAGCAGAUCCUGAAGAGCCUUGCCGUGUCCAAGAACGCCGCCGACGACAUGAUGCACUUCCUGUCGACUUUCGACCCGCGCCUCCACCCGCUGUCCUCCCCGGAGGCGGCCGAGGAGGAGGCGUCCGGGUCCGGCGCUGAUGAUGAUGAUCUCGAAGAGGAGGAGGAGAUCGCCGCCGCGGAGGAGGUGAUCAUCCGGUGCGAGUCCUCGUCGAUGACGUCCGGCGUGUUCUCUGACUACCUGUACGCCGUGGACGACGCCAUCGCCGCGUCCGGCCGCUCGGCCCGCGCCGCCGCCGCCGUGCACGCCGCCAUGCCGCGCCUGGAGGAGGAGGCGCGCGCCCUGCUCUCUUCCUCUCCGUCCCUGCGGCGCCUCUCGGUGUCGUCGGAUGACCUCGGCGACGCGACGACCACGCCCGACGCGUCCCCGCGCCACGGGAACGGGCACGGCACGCUGUCCCCGACCGCCGCGGCCUCCGUGGGCGCCGUCGCGGCGCGCAUGCUGCGCGCCGGGUACGGCCCGGAGCUCGCGCAGGUGUACGUUGCCGCCCGCCGCGAUGCGCUGGCGGACUCCGUGGCGCUCCUCGGCGUCGAGGCCGUCGCCAUCGAGGAGGUGCUCAGGAUGGAGUGGACGGCGCUGGACCAGAGGAUGCGGCGGUGGAGCCACGCCGUGCGGGCCGUGGUCAGGACGCUCCUCGCCGCCGAGCGCCAGCUCUGCGACGAGGUGUUCGCGGCGGACGAGGGCCUCGGCCACGAGUGCUUCGCCGACGUCGCCAGGGCCUGCGUCCUGCAGCUGCUAGCCUUCGCGGACGCGGUGGCCGUGUCGCCGCGCGCCACCGAGAAGCUGUACCGCACGCUCGGCAUGUACGAGGCGCUCGCCGACGUGCAGCCGGACCUGGAGGCGCUCUUCUCAGACGACGACGGCGCGCGCGAGUUCUUCGCGUCGGAGGCCUCCAGCGCCGUCCAGCAGCUGGGCUCCACCGUGCGCCACACCAUCGAGGAGUUCAGCCAAGCCAUCCACGGCGAGGCGUCGCGGAGGCCUGUCCACGGCGGGGACAUCCACCCCAUGGCCCGCUACGUCCUCAACUACUGCGGCCUCCUCGCCGACUGCCGCGGCGCCCUGGACGCGGUCCUCGGCGACGCCGGCGGCCUGGACGACGCGUCCUCCGACGGCCGCGGCGCCGCCUCGACGCCGUCCGCGUGCUGCAUCCGCGAGCUGCUCACGCUGCUGCUGCGCAACAUCGACGACAAGUCCCGGCUGUACGACGACGCCGGGCUGCGGAACAUCUUCCUGAUGAACAACCUCUACUACGUGGUGCAGAAGGUGCGGGAGUCCCCGUCGCUGCGCGAGCUCGUCGGCGACGACUGGCUCCGGCGGUACCGCGGACAGAUCCGGCAGUACGAGACCGGCUACCUCCGGGCGUCCUGGGCCGCCGUGCUGUCCCAGCUGAGGAGGGACGACGGCGCGGCGGCUAGGCCGCCGGCCGGGCACAGGGCGCCGUCGGGCCCGUCGGCCAAGAGCUUCAACGCGGUGUUCCAGGAGCUGUACCGGACGCAGACGGCGUGGAAGGUGGCGGACGCCCAGCUCCGUGAGGAGCUGCGCAUCGCGGUGUCGGAGCGGCUGAUCCCGGCGUACCGGGCGUUCCUCGGGCAGGGCACCCGGCACCCGGCGAGACACGUCAAGUGGAGCCUCGACGACCUCGAGUGCUACAUGCUGGACUUCUUCGAAGGCGUGCAGAAGUUUGUCAGGUGGUGAUCACCGGAGCAGAGGAUCAUCAAUUCACCAAUCAGCAUCCAUGGCGAGUUUGGGACGUGCGUGCAUCGUGAACUCGUGGCGUAUGCGCUCCAAUCUCAUGGCACUUACGAUGCCGUAGAAUCUCGUUUCUCCUCUCUUCUAGGAAAUCCUUUUUUUUACACUGAGAUAGAUGUAGAUAUGCAUCAAAUUCAGGAGUGUGUAUAUACCAUACUCUGUUUUUUUGGCUUGUUCAUGAUUUAGAUGUGGUUGUUAUUUAGCUUAUUAAACAAUGAAUCAUCUUCAUCAGGACCUAA